UUCUAUGGCUCCAUACAUUUGCAUUCGCUAAUAACAUUAAUCCUCCGGGUUGCCUGUAUUAUGUAACCUGUCCGCUGCGGUGAUCCUCCCCGGCCUGCGGGGGCGCUGCGGAACCUGGUGAUGAAUCGCUGCCGGCGGCUCCGCUCCGCUCCUCCUGACCCGCAUUCACCCGUACUGUACAGGCAUGGGGGAGGACCGAGUAUAGAGAGCUAGUAAACACUGUAGAGUUCCCUCUGCAGACCGUGGCCAUGACUUUGGCAGUACCGGGCGGCGGACGCGGCUCUCCCGUCUCCACGCACCUGAUCGCGGAUUGAAAGGGGAGGCUAACCCCGGUGGGGGUAGAGAGAGGCAUAAGCUGACGCCGACCGGAACGAUUUUCCAGACCAUCGCAGGAAGCAUCUGUUUUAAGGAAGACGUCCUGCCAUCUAAUGUUUUUAUCGAUAAAGAAGACGGGCCUCCAUCUUAAUGGCACCAGGUGGAGGGCUCUGAAGAAACCUUCCCGUUAAAAGGCCGAGCCGACAGCCUCCAUUUUUCUUCAGAUGGACUCUGGCAAACCACCAGCAUUCGUUUUCGAAAAACGUAAAACGCAAGAAUACACAUCAGGCGCGACCUCCGCCGCCCGCUCCGACCCGCGCAGAGAACGCCACUACCUCCCAAAGACAUAGAAAAAAAGAAGAAGAAGCAGCAGUUUCUUGUCCUUUUUCCUCUUUUCGUUUCUCUUCGUGAAACUUCUUUUUUUUUUUUUUUUUUUUUCCUUUUUUUUUCUCCGUCAUUUUACCUCAGGGAUCGUCUCCCACUGCCUACCUCCACCACCGAAACAGCCAACUCAGUGACUGGAACACGCCGCAUAUACAUCACCUGUGACCUCUCACUGUUGUUACCGUGACAACCUGUAUUGCCUCUCAAACUCUCCUCACUUGCAACCGUGAUGACCAGCAAUGACCUUGGACCUCCGCCACCUGCCAGCUCUAACCUGCCCGAAUUGUACUGAUCCACGCUUGCUUGGACCCGAGGCUAGUUAUACCUGGGAGGUGGAAGGUAGCCACACACUCACACUAGCCUCACCCCCUCCGUGCAGUACCCCUGGCAGGCAACUAUAUACCUCAGCAAACACACCUUCUGUGACACUGGAACGGGGAACAGAGGAGAACUUUUCAGCAACCGCAUUCACUAUCCUUGUGCUUUAAUCUGCCCGGUAGGUAACGCGUGCUCACUAGCCUGGUGCUCCGAUCUACCCAGUAGACGACUCACUCCGCCAUCUUCCGCAACGGACGCCGGGAGGGAGGGGGAGGGGGGGUGGAGGCCUCCAGAGAAAGCAAACCAAGAGACUCAGGAGUACAACCCCGGCGGCAAACUUCACACACACAAGCAUUGCAAUCGAAGCAGUAGCAGAAUUCAGCAAUUGCCCACAGGGCCCUCGGAGAUCACAGCGGUAACCCAACUCCCCCCCCCCCCCCCCCCCCCCCCCCACCUCCUCUCCAUUCGCCUUGAGUUUACCCUUCACCUUGUAAGGCCUGGAAAAGAGCAGGAAAAGCCCCACUGAGCCAUAUCAGUUUUUUCCGCACUCAAAGAGUGCGGCGCAAGUCAAAGAAUAAAAGACUGAACGCAAACGAAUUGUACAAACACGCGGGAGGAAAGAGUAAACACUGAGAAGAUUUGCAUUGUUUGACACUGAGGAGUAAAGGACGGGGAACGAGGCACAAGGAGUAAACAGAAGAAGAAUGCGAUGUUUCCUGCCCCGCCCUUCUCGUGCUUCCCAGCCAGUCGCGACCCACGGUCCCGGAUGGGCGACAGCUAAAGGGGCUGCCAGUGAAUGCUGAGCAGGCUGGCGAGCUCGGUGUCCGCCUCUUUGUCCCGUGAUUGGCCGCUGGACGAGACUGAGGCCGAAUGGAGCCAAUGUCCAACAAGCAGGAUAGCAACUCAUCAGAGGGAGACGAGAAAGCGUGGAUUGAUGUGCCGAAGAGAAAGAGGAAGAACAGUCAAUGUUCGGUGAAGAGCAUGUCUGGGUACAUCCCCAGCUACCUGGAGAAGGACGAGCCAUGCGUGGUGUGCGGGGACAAGGCGACGGGGUACCACUACCGCUGCAUCACCUGCGAAGGUUGCAAGGGUUUCUUCCGUAGAACCAUCCAGAAGAACCUCCAUCCGUCCUACUCCUGUAAAUAUGAAAGCUGUUGCAUCAUUGACAAGAUCACCCGCAACCAGUGCCAGCUGUGCCGGUUUAAGAAAUGCAUCUCUGUGGGCAUGGCCAUGGACUUGGUGUUGGACGAGUCGAAGCGCGUCGCCAAGCGGCGCCUGAUCGAGGAGAAUCGGGAGAAACGGAAGAGAGAGGAGAUGGUGAGGACGCUGCAGGUGAGGCCGGAGCCGGACACCGCGGAGUGGGAGCUGAUCAGGAUGGUGACCGAGGCCCACCGGCACACCAACGCCCAGGGCUCCACCUGGAAGCAGAAGCGCAAGUUCCUGCCGGACGAUAUUGGCCAGGGUCCGAUGAUGCCCACCUCGGACGGAGAUAAGGUGGACCUGGAAGCCUUCAGCGAGUUCACCAAGAUCAUGACCCCCGCCAUCACUCGCGUCGUCGACUUUGCCAAGAAAUUGCCCAUGUUCUCAGAGCUGCCUUGUGAAGACCAGAUCAUCCUGCUGAAGGGCUGCUGCAUGGAGAUCAUGUCGCUUCGCGCCGCCGUACGCUACGACCCCGAGAGCGAGACGCUGACGUUGAGCGGCGAGAUGGCCGUCAAGCGCGAGCAGCUGAAGAACGGCGGGCUGGGCGUGGUGUCGGACGCCAUCUUCGACCUGGGAAAGAGCCUGGCGCAGUUCAACUUGGACGACUCGGAGGUGGCGCUGAUGCAGGCCGUGCUGCUCAUGAGCUCAGACCGCUCGGGGCUGACCAGCGUCGAGAAGAUCGAGCAGUGCCAAGAGUCCUUCCUGCUGGCGUUCGAGCACUACAUCAACUACCGCAAGCACAACAUUCCCCACUUCUGGCCCAAGCUGCUGAUGAAGGUGACGGACCUGCGCAUGAUCGGGGCUUGCCACGCCAGCCGCUUCCUCCACAUGAAAGUGGAGUGUCCCAACGAACUCUUUCCCCCGCUCUUCCUGGAGGUCUUUGAGGACCAGGAAGUGUAAAAAAAAAAGAAAAACACGCUUGGGAAAAGUGUGUAAAAGACAAGAGGAGAAAACUGGAUUUUUAUUUUUUUUUCCCUUCGGUAAAAACAUGAUUUUUUUUUUCUUUUAUUUUUUCCCUUUUUUAUUUGAGUAACUCACAAGACCCGCCCACUUGCCACCAGCAAACACACAUCAGACAGAAACACACUGGCAAUCUGUCAUUCUGAGAGGUGCACACACACACACACACAAACACACACACACACACACACACACACACACACAGAGCAUUUGUAUAGAUAGUAUAUUUAUAUAGAUAUCCACACACUGCCAUAAAAGUACAGUAUGUCUAUAUGCAAACACCUUUUGCAGCUGCAUGGAUGAACAGCUGUACUAUUCCUGGGACUAAUGCAAACCGAGGGGCUUGGCUGUGUCUCUACUAGCUGAACACCCUCCUCAGACAGCCUGACCAUUAGCUCCUCAGACAACCCCUACAAACGCCCUCACCCCCUGCGUCUCCCCCCGACUGACUGCAGAGGCGUCCUCCAGUCUGUGCUUGCAGCCCGACCCUUCGUCCGCCGAGGCCCUGACAGUGUCCUUCCUACCUACCUACCUACCUACCUACCUCCCUCACGAUCCGACCUCUCUUAUCUUUCUCCUGUACGCGCUGAGAAGUGCGCGACGUACAUGCACAGAACGCACCCCUACACAGUUACCUCAUACAUUGCAAAAAUGUGUUUCCUCGUUUAUCGUGUGGGCGGCGGCGGUGCGAUUAGGAAACGCUGAGCUACGCAGUCCUCAUUUACCUCUACCGUUAUGUACAGUUUAUUAUUUAUAGACAUGCAACACGUAAACGCAGCAUUCAUAAGCCAUUAUGUAGUCAUUAUUAUGCAUUAAAUGCGUGGCAUGUCACGGAUGGUGCUUUCUGUGAUCACGGAACGAGGAGGUGGCAUUGAUAUCCAUAUUUGUACAGUAUAUGAUAGUUAUUUUCUCAAUGGAAAUACUCUUAUUUUUUUUCUUGCUCUUUCUUGCUGAAAGUUAGAUGAGAAGUUUGAUAUCAUACUUGGCCAGCAGCUGCAUAGCUUAGCUUAGCGUAGCUUAGCUUAGCUUAGCUUAACUUAGCACAAAGAGGAGAACCAAGGAGAAACACUUGCUCAUGUUCUGUCCAAUGUGUAAACACUACAUACGGUUUUUGAGGGGUUGAAUUAUGCUAAUAGGCCUUCCUGCAAUAAGCUAAUUUUUGAAAUCGCGGAGCAUUAAUACGUAUUUGAUAAUUUUCUACGUUAAGAUACGUACAAUAACCUACCUGAAAACGAAUUCCUUGAACUUAUAUGAUAUUACAACCGCAAAUGUGCAUUUUUCUUACUUUCGCUAACCAGCAGCUGUUCUUUUGUUUUGUGUUUUUUUUCUUUCUUUUUAGCAAAGGUGCUCUAUAACCAAAUAGAUUCCACUCUCACAUGUCAGAGAAGCUAAUUUGCGUAAGUGUAGUGCCGCCGUUAACUGCUACGAAGCCAGAUUUCCCUGUCGGGUUGGAGGAGACCAAAAGCGGAGCUAAAAGUGACUAAAUAUAGGAUUUACAUUCGCCGCAAUCACUGCUCCAGAUGCGUGCUAAUAUUGCAGUGAAGGAUGACCGUGCAGCUGUUCGCCAGUAAGUUUGCUCAGUUGUGGAAAAAAGAAAAAAAAAGAGUUAACGCACUUAAGACGAGUGAGAUGUUAGAAAGCUAUAUGAGCCGCUGCAGCCUCAUCCCUCCGAUACGUUCCCAGAAAGCACCGUUUAACGCAUGCGUGCAUUGAAGAUAAGAAGUGUCAUUGCUAUUUUACUCACUAUAACUUACACUGGACAUAAGCUCAUAUUUGUAUACAGCUCGACUACCUUUCCGACACAUACCUCCUUGUUUUCAUUACCUCACACACACCCACUCGGUUGUUUUGUAAUGUAUUACCUCAGCUGUUUUGUUGCUCAUCUCUUCCCCUUCCUCAAUAACCGCUGGGCCACGCACACUUCCUGUCCUCGUGAGUGUGUGUGUGUGUGUGUGUGUUUGGGUGUGUGUGCGUCUAUCCGCUCCAUAAUCCCACCACCUCAAACUCCCUCCGCUGUCUUGCGCUAGGUUUCCAGCGCAUGGUGGCGCGCGGUGUGGAGAGGGAGGGGGGGGAUCUGCGUCGACUUAGCUGUACCCAUUUCAAGUCCCGCCUGAAACUGACAGAUUCUACCUCACCUCUCAUCUCAAUGCAGCUGCCCCUCUGUCUGCAACACACUCUCACAUGUGCGUACACCACCGGCCAAAAGUUUGGAGACACCUCCUCAUUGAAUUCAAUGAGAAGCCGUCUCCAAACUUUUGACCCCGGAGGUGUAUAUACACUGUAUGCAGUGCACAAGAACAGUUGCCAGCAUGGACCCAUAGAGUGCGCUGCUCUUUUAAAAGGGCCAUGGAUCAACGAUUGAUGGCUGACGCGGCAGUAAAUUUUUUUUUCCCAUUUUUUUUUUUUUUUUUCUGUUGGUGUUCGCACACAACACAAGACCAAGAGUCACUUUGAAUUCUGUUUUCUUUUUAGGAACUUGAAAUGACAGUCAGGGCAGGGGUGACUUUGUGACAUAACAGUGUGCCGAUUGAACUUUAAGGAAACUGUCAGGGGACAAUGACAGCUGGAAGCUGGGACUCCAGUUGAAGCCAUUUUGGCCCUAUUGGGUCAGGCCAACAGACUCUUGUGGGUGGUGACUGGGAGGUAAAUAAACAGCAAGUGAGUCAGCAGUAUUCGUCCGCGGACGUGCUCCGUCCAAGGACGAGGUGAGGGGGAAAACGGCGAGCGUGCAAACCGUGGCGGUGUGACUCAGGCCACUUGCAAAAAAAAAAAAAAGACAAAAAAACACAAAAACGAAAACGGACCCUACGAUAGAUCUCGAGAUCCUUCCCUCGCCGUCGCAGCAGAAACGGACAAAAAAAAAAACAAAAACAAAAAAGACUUUCUGGGCGACCGUCCUAUCCCGAAAAAAAAACAGGAAUCAAUCACUGCUGAAAAGAUCUCCACCAACCAUCCACCACCGCCAAUUGCCAUCCACAACAAACGAUUAUCAGGUUUUUUUCUGUUGCACUAAAACCACAAUGUCUGUAUUCUUUAGUAGAACCUGAACCCCUCCCUCUAUCCUCUCCUCUUAACACCUACCUACUGUUCCUGUUCCUGCCUGCCUGUAGCAGUCUUAACAAUAUUCUCUCAGACACACAAAGACACAAACACAAAAAAAAAAAAACAAAGCUCAAGGUCCUCUCUCUUUCUCUCUCUCUCUCUCACACACAUCAUCUCUGUUAAAACCAACCAGGACUGUGACACGGCCUUUCCACGGGGCGCCACCACUCUCAGUGUUACUAACCUACCUACGUUGCAGGGUAUUUUAGCAGAACGUGCCGACUCUACAGGGAUACGCGCACACAAACACACACACACAAACACACUCACACACACACAGCAAUAGGACGACUGAGCUGUACAGGUCCACGCCCGCCGUCUCCAGGAGGCCUGCCGCGUUUGUACUCCGCUCACUAAUCACUGUGAAUGAAAAGCCAUGCUGCCACCAGGUCAUGGCUCCGACAGGUAACGGAUGGCUUAAGUUCCUCAGAUCUCCAGCGUCAAUGUGCCUCACAGAGGUCCGUUACACAUAUAUACACUAUACAGCAAAUAGAAUCAUAUAUUUAUACAUGUAUGUACAUAUAUAUAAAUAUAUAUAUAUAUAUAUAAUUUACAGUUACGUGGCAUUAGUGCUAUCAGUGGCUGGAUUUAUGCUGCCAGCUCCAAUCAGAUCAUCGAACCUUGACUUUUAUUAGCCCGCCUCUCGCAAGUACAAAGACUCCACGUUGUCUUUUUUUUUCUUUCCAGUUUUGAGACUGAAAAGUGUGUGAUUUAGAUUCGAGCUGGCAGGACAGCCCCUCCUCUCUAUCUCUUCUAUCUCUUUCUAUCUGUAUGUUUCUGUUUCUAUCUUUCAGCCAAAUGAUCACUGGAGAAAUCCUCUCGCUUUUUCUCUCUCUCUCUUUCUCUUCCCGUCCUCGUUUAAGAAAAAAAAUAAAAUAAAAACAAAUAAAAUGAAACACACCAGCAGCACAGAGCACACUGCCUUCAGCCAGGAUCAGUUGCACCAGCAUCGCAAAGAGAAAGCAACCGUCCUCCUCUCUCACACACACACACACACAAUAAAAAAAAGCCAUUUUACCUGGACGCCACCGUACCACUAACCUCAGACAGACAGACAGACAGCAGGGUGAUUCUGAUCGGUUUACCAACAGCUGACAUACGCACGCUUUCUCAUUUCCACGGCCGCGGCCGUAGCGACGAGGCAGCCAGUCACACCGGAAACGUUUUCCGCAUGACAACUCGAGACGAUGCCACGAACUGACAUUAGUCGAGCUAAUUUCGUGGCUUCAUAACUUUUUUUUUUUAAAACAAUAACUUCAACUUUAAGUAAACUACAUGGGUCAGUUUUUUUUUUUUGCAGAGUAAUAGAAAAGGUUUUAGACCACCGCGACCACUCUCCACACUUCAUAAACCUGUGAACUCUUUUACUACGCACCGUUACGACUACAGAAUUGUUUUUGUUUUUUUGGUCUCUCUUUAUGUUUGGUUUACAAUGAACUAAAAUGUGAAGUCGACGCUAUGCUCUGCCACUGCAGCACGGCACGGACACAACACCCUACAGACACCUGCUCUGAAAACCGUUCAACUACUGCGUUUAUUACUUACCCAGGGAAAACAUCUGUAAGUAAACAUCUUCACAUCGGUCUUUCCUUCACUAGAACCCCCCUCCCUCCCCCUAUCCUUUCUAACUCUCUCUAUUUAUUUCACUCUGUCCUCCUUUCUUACCCCCAACACACAAAACCUACCCCAACUCAUAGCACUCUUUGGUGGAGAACGACGACAAUCCUUGCAGGAAUAUGUCCACACGUGGAAUGUAAAAUACUGAAAUUGUACGAUUAAAGACACGGUGUGAAGUCCCACACUCAUGUUGUUUUUGAUGUUGUUGAUGUUGCUUUCGUUGUGCACCAAGUGUUCGUUGUUCUGCUUAUUCUAAGGUGGAGGAAUUUGCAGGUGGGGUUAAAAACCCAGGUCAUUUGACAGAUAUUUUCUUGUUUUCUUCUUCUUCUUCUUUUUUUUUUUAUAAGACUCAUGGUGUGAGGACUGAAAAUAUAAAAGCAGAGAGUGGUUAUAAUUUUUGGGAAGAGGAAAAAAAAAGUUUUUUAAGAUUAUUAUGUCGUUAUUGAUUUGCAUCUGAUUUUCUUGGUAAGUGAAUGUCUGUCCAUCUGUGUUGAUGCUUUACUGUGAGAUUAUGGCUGUAUAUGCACUUUUAGACCAUCGUUGUUGCAGUGGUAUCUAGUGCUUAAACAUCACCCAGGGGUCAGGGUUCAGUUUCACUUUAGCUAACUAGAUAUAAUAAGUCUAUCUGGGUAUAAAAGUAUCCUUUAUGAAUUAUCCCAUUGGUCCAUUUACACAUAUUUAUUGAGAGUUUUGGCUAGCUAAGGCUAAUAGCUGAGAUACUAGCACUGUAAAACACUUUAUAAUUGGUUAAAUGUAGAAUUGAAUAAUGCAAAAUGUACAAUUUGUUAGUAUACUAGACUUGGCAAAGGGUUCAUAUCAUUAAUUCUAACAAAAUACCAGAAGAAAUACCACAUUUCGAAUCCUAUUUGUCUACAUUUAUCGCUUCCCGCCUUUUCCUGUUAUUAUCUGAUUUGUUAACUAGCUAGCUAACUAUUACCAUUAACUGACUGUACGUCUGUUCAGAUUCAUAUCACAUUUCUUUUAAUAGAUUAUUAGUUCCUAUUUCAAUUACAGCUGACUAAAAAUUGAAUCUGCCCCAACUAGCAAUUAGUCUUUCUGCAAUCGAGACACAAAGAAGUCACUGCUGUUGAGCUAACUGGCUAACAGGCUACUUUCACGAACUGUUUACUACUAUGUAAACAAACUAUUUCUGUUUUAUGUGGAGUUUAGGCCCCAAAUGUAUUUUGUUGUAUCUGUCUGAAGUCUGAUAUUCUCUUCCCACUCUCUGAAUGUGUAAGGACCAAUGGGACUAAAGUCCAACAACAAGGAAAGAAAUCUGUUUAAAUUACAUCAUAAAAUGUCGUAAUUGGAUCUCUUUUUUUGUUUGUUUGUUUGUUUGUUUCAAAGGGACUGUGAAGAAAUUAUUGUCAGGGUUGGUCCUGCAAAUUAUUUUAACCUUUGUACUGAUAAAAAUAUUUAUAAUUUCUUUUGUUAGAGGUGGUGGUACAACUCUACAAUGAAGACCUUCCAAAAUCUCCCAAACUAUUCAGAGAUUUAAAUUUCCUUCCAACAUAAUAAACCUCAAAUAAUUUCAGUACAGUCCCUAAAGACACCCUAAAUAUGCUAUUCUGUUGUAAUGCUUAAGAAGUUUAUUGCUGAAUCCAUCAUCUGGUUAGUUGAAUUGAAAGAAUGAACCCGGAGUCCUACUCUCCACAGUUGCUUGGGCUGUAUCACUUGCUAAGCUGGGCGCGUGCCCUUAAACGUGAUCUGGAUCAAAAAAAACAACAAAACAACAAAAAAAAGGAGCUCACAUCCAGAUCUGAACAUGAAUCUGACCUCAAACCAGGGCUCAUCUCGCAGUGUACAGAUCUGCCAUUUCUAAAUCUCAAUGUUGUGACAAGAAUAUUGCUUUCGAUGGUAAAAUAAGCUUCACCGUACAAAAAAAAAUAAAGAAAAUUAAAGAAACACGUAAGAAAAAAAAACACAAAAUGGAAACCAAAAAAAGAUAUUAACAACUAUUCAUACCUCAUUGUACUGCUUUGUGUCAGAGUCAGAAAAAAUGGGGAGUGAUCAGUCUCAAGCAUGGAAACAAUCUUGAACAGGAGCAAAGAUGAUUACAUUUUUGAAUAAAAUGUGGUGGCUUUGAGUUUGUUUUGUUUUUUUGUUGUUUUUUUGUUUUUGUUUUUUUUUUGGUCUGUGACACUUGGAACGCCAGAUCGAAAAGCCUCUUCACAUCCCAGAAAUGUAAGCUAGCCUGGGCAAAAAAAAAAAAAAAAAGUACCACUCAAAAUAUGUCGCAGAUGUUGACGGGUGAAUUUGGUAAAACCUUUGCCAGAUCUGUUCCGGUUGUGAAGAUACAUCAUGGCAUUGUGGCAUGAAAACGAAAACAUGUUUUAAAAUGACUGCACUUAUAAGGAAUUGAAAGCAUUGAAAGUCGUGCUUUGAGUGUUUGUCUUCAGAUGGUGGAUGUUUAUUCCUUCUUGCGCGUGUUUUGCCCUGACAAACCAAGAGAGGACUCUAGCUUCAUCAGGACUUGCGAGGACGAGAGGGACGCACUGAUGAGUCGUUUGGCCAAACGUAACAAUUAAAGCGAUGUUAAAAUUAGACGUCAGUGAGAGGUGUUGUGCUCUCACACUGCAGGCCAGUUAAUUGUGCCUUGAACAAGAAAAAGUUUAGGACCCUGUGUCCCGGACUACAACUCCCAUGAUGAAAAUGUCCUCUCUUGUUUUUGUUUGUUGCUCCCUGAAGAUCCCCUUCACAGUGACUUUAUGCAGUAGCACCAACUGAGCCCUAAUUAGAGAAUCAGAGCGACAUCAUGUGAGCCCCUGCACAAGCAGUCGGCUUUUUUCUUGUUUGCGUAGCAGCCAUAGUUUUUUUUUUUUUUUUUUUUGGCAGAGCACAGUGUUGAAUGUAAAGCUGAACGAGAUGCGGAUGGAAGUCCCCCUCCCCCUCCCCCCACCCUCCCCGGAUGAGAGGGGCUUGGCGGUGUAUUUAAUAAUGCUGGUCGCGGGGUUUGUGUCGGGCACGGAUGUUGUUUGUCUUUGUUUUUCUGUGACAAAUCGUUCAUGGCACAAUCAGAGAAUGGCAUCUCAAUGGCUCAAAGCUGUUUGUGUUUGUGGCUAUGUGACAUUCAUUUUCAACAUUAUAAAAUUAUUUGAUAUCA